AAAUGAGAGAGAAGGAAGGAGGAGUGGUAAUUUCCCGAAUCUCAUUCUCCUCAGACUUCUAAUCCCACGCCUCCGACCAACCCUCCUCCGCCUCCCUCCCGUAUUCUAGGGUUUCGUUUCCAUUUCUCCCAUGGCGGUUCUCCGGUCCACUCUUCCUCAACCCUUUUAGUACACUCCUCCACCACGCUUCACUCCCCCCUUUGCGCCUGAGUUUUUGUUUCUUCCCUUCUGUGAAUUCAUAAGAUUGAUUUCUGUUUGUUUGGAUGCCUAAGAUUCUUGAAGAUGGAUCUGAUGAAGACGAGGUCAAGAUCCGUAGGAUUUAUAUCUUCUGGGAGUAUUUAGCCAAUCCUGCUGGUUCCAUUGCGCCAAUGAAACGUCCGGUCCGUCCUCUCAUUAGCAUUCUCUUGUUAAUUGCAUUCGCGGCAACCUUAAGCUUCCGGAUUGCUGUUCGCUCGAGCUCAAUGUUCAGUUCGGAGGCUGAGGUGCUGGUCCAGCCACCGCCACCGCCACCGCCACCGCCACCGCCAGUGUUCAACUCUACUCUGCUCAAAUUCGCCGCUGUUGAGUUGGGGGAAGCCAAGUCCAAGCAAGAAAUUGAGCAGCUACUAGAAGGGAAAUUUGCUAGUCGGGGGCGGUACAGGACUUUCGCGUCGUGGAGAAGGUUCAAUCACCAUGAGACUGGAGCGACGACCUCUACAGGAUUACCGGUAAUUCUCAGGUCCCCACAGGUUUAUCGAUAUUGGUUAGAUUUUAGGAGGAACUUGCAGGAUUGGGCCAGGAAGAAGAUGUUUCAACCUGAUAUUAUGAUGGAUUUGGUUAGAUUAGUGAAGCAUCCUCUGGAUAGGCAUAAUGGUUUGGUCAGUUCUGAUAAAAAAUACAAGUCUUGUGCGGUUGUGGGGAACAGUGGUAUCUUGUUGAAUACUAAUUAUGGGGAGUUGAUUGAUAGCCAUGAGGUGGUGAUUAGAUUGAACAAUGCAAGGACUGGUGUCAUGUAUGAGCACAAGGUGGGCGCUAAAACUAGUAUUUCCUUUGUAAAUAGCAAUAUCUUGCAUCUCUGUGCUAGAAGGGCUGGGUGUUUUUGCCACCCUUAUGGAGCAAAUGUACCCAUCGUCAUGUAUGUUUGUCAGCCAAUCCAUUUCUUGGACUAUAUGAUGUGCAAUUCAUCUCACAAGGCACCUUUGCUGAUCACAGAUCCACGCUUUGAUAUUCUGUGUACUCGCAUCGUGAAGUAUUACUCAGCAAAACGGUUUGUGGAGGAGACAGGGAAGCCAUUGGAUGAAUGGGGCUCUACCCAUGAAGGUUCUAUGUUUCAUUAUUCCUCUGGAAUGCAGGCUGUUAUGCUUGCUUUGGGAAUAUGUGAUGAGGUUAGUCUAUUUGGGUUUGGCAAAUCAACUUCUGCUAAGCAUCAUUACCAUACUAAUCAGAAGGCUGAGCUUCGGCUGCAUGACUAUGAGGCGGAAUAUGCAUUGUAUCAUGAUUUGGUGGAGUCUCCUCAGGCAAUACCAUUCAUUCCAGACAAGUUCAGGUUUCCUCCUGUGGUAAUUUAUCAAUGAUUUCAGUUUAAACUUUUGUUUCGGCUUGUCAAGUUUGAUAUCUUAGUAUUUUCAUGUUGUAAUGUGGUAGUCUUCCACUAGACAGUUUAAAACAAAACACGGUGACUGAAGAUAUCUUGUUUUCUAUUCUGCCCCUGUACUAUCAAAGGUAGUUUAGGGUGAUUACAAAAUGUAAAGUUGGAAACUGGGAAUGCCAUUGAAAUUGGAUUUUC